AUGCGUCAUAGCCACAUACAUAGGGCUUGCGCACACCACCCUCCUUCAAACAAUGUGGCCGCGGGGCUGGUGUCGUCUACACCAACGUUUAUCGUGAGCUCGACGUCUACGGUCAGCCCUGAAUCUAUUUCCGUGUCUGCUUUUCCUUCUUCGGGUUCGGUGCUCUCCCAGUCCAGUUUUCAAUCCGAGUCGGCCACACCAACCUCUACUUCUACAUCGUCAUCAGCCCAGUCCUCUCAAACUGGUUCUGGGUCUGGUGCACCUUCGUCGGUAGCCAUGAUCCUUGAUGCAGUCUUCCCUGUUCAGCAAAAGACAGGAAACUCGGGUUGGACCACUGUUCCCGACGUGAAUGUUGCCCUUCCUCUCUCGGACACCACUCUCAACCCCAAUCAUAUUCUCUCGGAGCUCCCCAUUGAUUAUACCAACGCUCCUGAUGGCAAGCUGGCCUUGAAGGCUUUCUACCCAGAGGGCUCUUACACCCUUACUCGCGAGCCUAAGGGUGGUCUGUCAUUCUACGCCCCAGGGCCGGACAACGUAGACUUGACGACUGCCAAAGAAGCCACGUUUGGAUACUCCGUCAUGUUCGAAGACGGUUUCGGAUGGCAAAAAGGUGGUAAGCUACCCGGUCUUUUCGGUGGAAACUCCUAUGAUGGUUCCGUUGGAUGUUCUGGUGGUAGCAGAGACGCUGCUUGCUUUUCGGCUCGCCUCAUGUGGCGCGAAAAUGGAGCUGGCGAGCUUUAUACCUACCUACCACCAUAUACCGAUCCCGAAUUUGCUGCAAACCAAGCCGUCUGUAACAUUGCGCCUAAAUCAAUCUGCAACCCAACGUAUGGUGCCUCUGUUGGUCGCGGUGCUUUCACUUUCGCCGCUGGCCAGUGGACCACUGUGAGCCAGCGCGUCAGGUUGAAUGAUGUUGGCCAAGCAAACGGUGAAUUGGAGCUUUACGUUGGUGGACAGAGCGUCAUCAAUGUUGGAGGCCUUAUUUUGAGAAAUAGCGAGGAAGGAAAGAUACGAGGAAUUCAGAUGCAGACGUUCUUCGGUGGUUCCGAAGCAGACUAUGCAUCUCCCAAGGAUCAGAGCACUUACUUCUCUGACUUUUCAGUGGCUAUUACUGAGUUGCUUUAG